AUGGACGCCCAUGUCCUGCUCACCUCCCACCUGGCUACCGACGUAUCGGCUUGCCAGCUGCUGCCGGAGGUAGUGAGAGUGUUAGACUCCAAUCCACAAAUACUCGGACCAUCGCCACACCAGCAAAAAUGGGUUGCGCGCGUGUCCUCGCUGCUGCACUCGAAAGAGCCCAGUGCGCGCUGGGCCGGGCUGACCCUCGCCCUGCGCACCGCACAACUGUGCAAGCCGUUGAUGCUUGAGCGCGCGCAGGGCUGGGUGGCGCUCGCACUUCCGAUGCUUUCAAAAAACGAGCCGCCGCCGAACGUCAAGGCUGCCAUUAGGCUCCUGGCCCAUGUGCUCAGCGCUGCGAUUGACGUCCCCGAGUUCACGCGGCUGCUCGCGACGCCCACUGUGCCCAAGUUUAGCGCGGCCCUGCUUGCGCUCGCACAAAGGCCGGACACCCCCUCUGAACUGGCGAUUCUGGCCAUCUGCACGAUUACCCACCUUAUACCGCUGUACCCCACCGCGCACAAGUCGAUGCACGGCGCCCUGCACGCACUCGCGUUACAACAUACCAGUGGCGGUGUACCUCCAGCUCGGCGCGAAGCUGGGUCUGCACUCUUUGCCGUGCUUCCUCAUACGGGUGGCAAAACGGGCGCAGCUGUGCUAUGGCGCAAGGCCAUCGACGAAACCCUCGCGUUCGGCUGGAACUCUCUGCGUGUUUUGAGGACGACCUAUCCAUUUGCUGGGGAGACACGAGCCGUGCCUAAUCAAGAGGAUCCACUGGUCACCGUACCAUUAGCCAUCGAUCGGUUGGAGUGUACAGCGGUGGUACUCAAAGAUCUGCUACAGUUCACUACUGCGCGGCCCGUUUCGUUGCCUGUAGGCCCAUUGGUGGAGUUCAUACAGACCAUUCUCAGCUGUACUACAGACGGCAAGGUCGACAGCCACGUAGAUGCGAUAACGAGGGCACUCGAGGAAUCUGCUGUGCCAUCCAUAUGGGCUGCCGGUAACUCGAUCCUCGCCGACAUAGCGUGCGCUGCAGGCGGACACCUCACGGCAUUCGUCCCGCGUUUGCUUACGAUCCUUGCAUUCCAUCUGGAACGACCCAUCUCUUCAACACAGCGCAUAGGUUUCUUCACCUCUGUACUCAUCCUCCUGGAGCACGCCCAUGCAUUACACCACCCGCUCUUACCGACGCGUCUCACGAAGGCUACGCUCGUUCAAAUCACCCCGUUGCUGCGUCCGCAAUCGGAAGACACGCCUACCGCAGCUAUCAUGAAUGGAGCGGAAGGCGCAGGAAAGAGUCGAAAGGGGAAGAAGCGCGCGAGGGACUACGAAGGCGACGAGGUAUUCAAAGUCGGCGGCGGCGUGGUGCUCCCCACUGUCGCGGACGGGAACGCGGCACUAAUCGCGCUUGACGUCCUGAGAGUUUUGAUGCGCAAUGCCUAUGUCGCACCCACUACGUCCUCCCUGGCUUCUCGCAUCCUUCUCGCCCUACAACUAUCGCUACCAGCGUUGCCAGCGUCCCAACUGAACCCGGAACUCUCCCUCCAUCCUCGCCUACUAUCAAAAGUUCAAGCUACCGUAUUCGAGAAUGCCGCCGGCACAUCGAGCGUCUUGGGCAAAUCGCUCCCUCUUGCUCUCCAUUCUGCACAGCUAUCACCAUCCGAACACCGCGAGGUCGAGCUCCUCUUGCAUCCGCGCGUGCCACCACUCGUGCGAGCACUGCCCCAUGUCGAGGCGCUUGCGCUUUUCCGGGCCGAAGAAGGCGACGAGGAGGCGGAUAUCAGGAAACAGUUGGGUGUAGCAGUGGUUGAUGAGCCUAUGAUAUCUCCCACGGCUACGCCCGUCAAGAUUGCUACACCUCUGUUGGUGGCACCGAAGCCCAGCGCGCCGAUUGCCACACCCCUUUUAGUCGCGCAGGCAAACGAGGUAUCUGCAUCUUUGUCCUCCACAACAAGUUCGGCCCUCUUUGGCAAGAUACCAGCUCCCACCGCACCGCAACCGACUUUCGCAGCUCCAACGGCUGUCCCUGCCUCAACAAACCGAGUCACUGCUACGGCACAGCCAAUCACCCCUGCACCCAGCCUAGCACCCGGUGUUCCUCAGCCUGGACCCGCUCCGCCUACUACACCGCCCAAUUCUAUACCGCGGACUUUUGGGUAUAGGGCGAUGUCGCAAGAGGAGGAUGAGGAUGAGCCGAUGCCGAGCAUCAAUGUGGACUCUGAUUCGGACGAGGACGAUGACUAG